AUUGCCCCCGCCCCCGCCUGCUUCAAUGAGUUGGCGAAAUAGUCUAGAUAACUUGUCACCGAUGGGACCUCACCCUGGAUCCUCCCACUAUCGCAAAUUGUGAACUCAGCUUAAGGCAUGUCUGCACCAUCUGGGCAGCCAGUCCGAAUCUAUGGCUUCCAGACGUCCGUGGACAUCGCUCGCCAACACACAUACGACACAGCUCCGGUGGCCGGACACAAGCGCCCGGGAGAAUAUUCUGCGAGCGACAAUCGUACAGUUCCAAUCGUAAAGCAGCGUAUCAGAUUCAAUGUGCCAGCCGAUCGGUCAGUAGAUUUCAUUCGGCCUUCGCUGGAUCUGCCCAAAGGUCGUUUGGUUGCCAGUGAUAUUCGUCCGGUUGCAGCCGUGGUCCGUGGCAGAGACCCGCCGCCCCAUUCUUUGCAGAAUGACGAGAAAGAACUCAACGAUCAUCCUCUGUUGUUAUUGAGCAACCCUGCAUAUGGACUGCCUCCUGCCUUGGUUGCUAAUUGGUCGGCUAUCGGGCUCAAAAGUAUUUACCAAUGGCAGGCAUCAUGCUUGCUGACCCCAGGACUGCUUAACGGCAGUCGGCACCUAGUCUAUACUGCCCCUACUGGUGGGGGAAAGUCACUUGUCGCUGACGUUCUCAUGAUAAAACGUAUCAUCGAGAACCCGGGCCGCAAGGCCAUCCUUGUUCUUCCAUAUGUAGCCUUGGUACAGGAGAAACUGAAGUGGCUUAGACGUAUCGUACAAGAUGUUGAGAAAUGCAUCGACGAUACCGGCGACAAAGUGGACAGUACGAGACCAUAUCAUCAGCGCUGGCGCAAGCUACAGAAGUCGAUACGCGUGACGGGCUACUUUGGAGGAAGUAGGACGGCUGCGUCUUGGGCUGAUACAGACAUUGCCGUCUGUACAAUUGAAAAGGCAAACUCCCUCAUCAACAGUACCAUCGAAGAAUGUAGUAUUGGGGAAUUGGGCGUAGUUGUUCUGGAUGAGCUGCAUAUGCUUGACGACGAGCACCGUGGAUAUCUCCUGGAAUUGAUGGUCACCAAACUGCUACUCCUGCGACAAAACAUCCAGAUCAUCGGGAUGAGCGCUACGUUAUCGAACACCGAGAUGUUAGCGGAGUGGAUGCAUGCCGUGUAUUACGUCUCAACCUAUCGACCAGUUCCGAUUGAUGAAUACCUUGUUUUCGAAAAUGCAAUAUACCCUGCUGCAACAUCAAGACAGUUAUUUCAGACAAUUUCUCGACUGAAGUCGACACCAACGCAGUCUCUCCAGGAGAAUAUGCCUCCACAACGUGUUGUUUCUCCUUCGACAUUCCGAGAACUCGCAAAUGCUAUGACGAAUGCGACGGUCGCUUUGGCUACAGAGACAGCAUCGGCUGGAUAUGGUGCUCUGGUCUUUUGUGGUAGUCGACAGGCUUGCCAAAGUCAAGCAGCGAUCAUCAGCGAAGCCAUGCCCCUUCCUGGUGAUGAGACGGAUGAACUGAGCAAACGACUGGACCUUGUAGCCGAGCUUCGGAGUCUGCCAGGCGGUCUGGACCCUGUCCUUGAAAACACACUCGUCAAAGGCGUGGGCUUUCAUCAUGCCGGCAUGACAACCGAGGAACGCGAACUCAUUGCACAAGCUUAUGACCAAAGUGUCCUUAGAGUGCUCAUAGCCACUUGCAGCUUGGCAGCUGGCGUGAAUCUGCCUGCGAGACGAGUCAUCAUAAAUGGAGCCCGCAUGGGUAGAGAAUUGGUUGGGCCCGCAAUGCUGCGACAAAUGUGUGGCAGAGCUGGCCGUAAAGGGAAAGAUGAAGCGGGCGAGACGUAUCUCGUAUGUGGUCAUAGUGAUCUACAAGCUGUCUGCGACCUUCUUGAAGCCGACAUGCCGGCUAUUGAAAGCUGCCUAGCUCCGGAGAAGAGAGGGCUCAAACGAGCUCUCUUAGAAGCCAUCGCUACAGGGCUCGUAUCAGGGUACGACGCGAUCAAGGAAUAUGUUCAAUGCACCUUGCUCUAUCGCACGGCGGACAAGAAGUUAGCUUACAGUAUCAUGCAGUCCGCCCUCCAAGAAUUGGUUAAGGAAGAAUUAGUGCAUGUUGAUGAUGACGAAUCAUCAUAUUCAGCAACACAGCUUGGACAGGCUGUGGUUGCCUCUGCGUUCGCACCCGAGGAUGGCUUGUUUGUCUAUGAAGAAUUGAAACGGGCGCUGCAAGCUUUUGUCAUGGAUGGUGAUAUGCACAUAUUUUAUAUGUUCACGCCUCUUCAACUAGCUGCCAGCACUCACAUUAACUGGCGCAUUUUCAGAGAUCAGCUUGAUAACCUGGAUGAAAGUGGUUUGCGCGCCCUGCAAUUUGUUGGCGUUCAGCCUGGGUUUGUGAAUUACAUGGCCCAGAGCGGUGGAUCACUGAAAGAGAAUACCUCAGAGCAAAUUAAGCAGGCUAGGAUUUACCAGCGCGCUUACACGGCGUUUCAGCUUCGUGAUCUGAGCAAUGAGGUUCCGUUGUCAGAUAUCGCAUCGCGGUACCAGAUACCACGGGGCUCGGUGCAGAGCUUGGCACAGCAAUGCCACGGGUUUGCCGCGGGCAUUGUGAAAUUUUGUCAACGCAUGGGUUGGGGAAUGUUGGCCGCAGUUUUGGAUCAUAUGCAAGACCGCCUGGAGGCCGGGGCGCGGGCUGACCUGCUCGAAAUGGCACAGGUGACUUAUGUCAAAGGCUGGACCGCUCGGCUACUUCGAGAAAAUGGCUACCGGAAUCUGAGAGCUCUGGCGGAAGCGGAUGCAAAGGAUCUGGUUCCUAUUUUGAUGAUGGCUAAUCCGCGCAAAACUCAAAAAGGCCAGCUUCAUCCUGCGGAAGCUGAGCGCUAUGCAAAAAAGCUUGUCGCCAAAGCGGAAAUUAUCAUCGCGUCUGCGAACAAGAUUUGGGAACGUGAGAUGCAGGUGGAAUUAGAUGAAUGAACAGUCGUUAUGACCUGACUGUAUAUACAUACUUGAGAAUUUUUGGCCGAAGCCCGUUCA